UGAUCGAAUUGGAUUGUGUGUGUGACGUUAACACAUUUGUAAUAUAUAACACGAAAAUCAAAGCAUAUUUACAAGUUUGUUUAAUUUGUCAUUUUACCGCAACUCAUUUUUGUUUCGUAAGCUCCGUCCCACGUCUUCGAGCAGCACUCAAGCGCUCUCAAACUUCCUGUCAUGCGUGUGGUGCAGGCCGUCAACCCAGCUGAGCGAGUGAAUAGGUUUAAAUUUUGAAUCUGGAACAGUUUAUAUAUGGAUACUACGAUACGAUGGCUAACAUCGCAGUGCAGAGAAUAAAGCGAGAAUUCAAGGAAGUGGUCAAGAGCGAAGAGGUCGCCAAGUGUGCAAUCAAAGUAGAACUUGUCAAUGACAACUACACAGAGCUUCGUGGAGAGAUAGCGGGGCCUCCCGAAACGCCGUACGAAGGUGGAACUUUUGUACUUGAAAUACAGGUUCCAGAGACCUACCCCUUUAAUCCACCCAAGGUGCGUUUUAUUACGAAGAUAUGGCACCCAAACAUUAGUUCUGUGACUGGUGCAAUUUGCCUGGAUAUACUAAAGGACCAGUGGGCUGCCGCAAUGACACUGCGGACGGUGCUGCUCUCUCUACAAGCGCUCUUAGCCGCAGCUGAACCAGAUGACCCUCAAGAUGCUGUUGUUGCCCGGCAGUAUAAAGAGAAUCCUGAAAUGUUUAAGCUAACAGCCCAGCACUGGGCACAGGUUUAUGCCGGAGGCCCAAAGCAGUUUCCAGAAUUUGAUGCAAAGAUCAAGAGGUUAUUAGACAUGGGGGUUGAAGAACACAGAGCUAGGGUAGCCCUGUCGUCUUGUUCGUGGGACCUCGAAAAAGCUACGGAAGCCAUCUUCAGCUAAAGACGAACGACAUGCACACACCUCUCCAGGGUUGUCCUCACUUCAGCCACAUGCCACCAUCUGUGAAGGAAGCGAGCACCGUGAAUGGAAAAGGAGUUUCCUUUCUACGUUUCAUCCCAAUUCAUUUUUUCCCCCCUCCCAGCUGACGAAAUCUUGUUGAAAAAUUGUUCGGAGUUUCACUGUCGAAGAGGAGAUCGUGGAUUUGGUUGCGUGUGCGAUGGUGAUUCCUUCCAGCAUUUUUAAUUUUGCAAAAUUUUUGUUAAAAAUAUACAGUUCUACCUGAACCAAACUUACCACUUGUGAUUAUUACGAUUCCACUGCUGUGUCCUUAUUCGGUUGGGUGGCACUUGCGAACGAGAGAGCUAUACGGAUUGUUUAGUUUUUUUUUUUUUUAUCCUGUCGUCUGACCCCAUUUUUGUUCUAGGGUGAGCAAUUGAUGCAAACAGACUCUCUGAUUAGCUUAUUCCAGUACAUAAUUACUAGGGGAGCUCAAACAUCUAGGCUGCUGUAGAUUUUUUAAGGUUGUGUAUACGAACUGCCUUAUACCCUUCCCAAGAUGUUUCUAUUUUUCUAAUGCCACGUGAAUUGUGUUUUCGCAAUUGCAUUUUUGUUGGGUAAGAGUUGUUUCAUUUGAAAAAAAAAUAAAAUAAAGGGCAACACACGUA